GCGCCGCCGCUCUCUGCCUGCGAAGUGGAGGCUGAAGAACAGAAGUGCUACGUCCUGGCUGAUUUAUGUGCAGUAAGCUCAGUGAACGAGAGACAAAAACUUAAUGUCAAACAAAUGGUUUAUAAAUAGAAUAUGGCGCCGUCUGGCUCGCGCAGUAUCAAACGGAGCUGUCAGACAGUUUUGUAUUGGAUUCCAGUUAUUUUUAUCACCAUCAUAGUGGCUUGGUCCUACUACGCGUAUGUUGUACAGCUCUGCAUAGAAUCCAUCGACAACAUUGGAGAAAAGAUUGUUUACCUGCUGGCCUAUCAUGUUGCCUUCAUCUUGUUUACCUGGGCCUACUGGCAGACCAUCUUCACCAAGCCCAUGAACCCCAUGAAAGAGUUCCACCUGUCCUACUCAGACAAGGAGCUGUUGGAGCGUGAGGACCGCGGAGAGUCUCAACAGGAGAUUCUUAGAAGGCUAGCCAAGGAUUUACCCAUCUACACCCGCACCAUGUCUGGAGCUAUCCGUUUCUGUGAUCGCUGCCAGCUGGUCAAGCCUGAUCGAUGUCACCAUUGCUCAGUCUGUGAUAAAUGCAUCCUAAAGAUGGAUCACCAUUGCCCGUGGGUGAAUAACUGUGUGGGCUUCUCCAACUAUAAGUUUUUCAUGCUGUUCCUGGCAUACUCCUUAUUAUAUUGCCUUUUCAUCACUGCUACAGAUUUACAGUACUUCAUUAAAUUCUGGAUCGAUGGUCUGCCUGACAGCCAGGCUAAAUUCCAUAUAAUGUUCCUGUUCUUCGCUGCUUCUAUGUUCUCUGUCAGUCUGGCCUCACUGUUCGUCUACCACUGCUGGCUGGUCUGCAAGAACAGAUCCACUCUAGAGGCGUUCCGUGCGCCACCAUUCCGUCAUGGGGCAGAUAAGAAUGGCUUCAGUCUGGGCCUAAGUAAGAACUUCCGCCAGGUCUUUGGGGAUGAAAUUAGAUACUGGCCACUUCCCGUAUUCUCCAGUCUGGGUGACGGCUGCUCCUUCCCAACCUGUCUGGUGAACCAGGAUCCUGAGCAGCCCACCUCUUCUGGACACAACCCCCCUCCCAACAAGACUGUUGGAGAGAGCCACCAGUUCCCAAUCAAAACACUGAGGGAGUCCCAAAGUCGACUGCUGAACAGCGCCCCGUCCUGGACAGAGAAUGGGGCCGCAGAGGACAAAGAGAGACUGGGCACAAGUAACAUAGAAAUGGCCUUAGAAAAUGAAACAUAACCACAGUGAGGAAUGAGGACUUGUACCUGGAAACAUAGGUGAG